AUUCAUACCCAUUCCCAAACCCGUCCAUAUUAUAUCAAUCUAUCUGUGCAAACACUAAACGACAAACAUUCGCACAUCGGCCUCAGACAGUUUCACAUAUAACCCGCUGGAUCUCUCGGGAUAUAAAACCAACUCAUCUCGUCUAAGAAUCUCAACACUAGGUACUUCGGCUGUAACAUAACAUCCAUUGCUCAAGAUGCUACCACAACUUCUUUCUCCCGAGACGGGAAUCUCCCUCUUGAUCGGCAUCUCUGGCUUUAGUGUAGCUCAAGCCAAACCCCUCGAUGCUCGGCAAACUACCGAGACCACCAAGGCCGCCGCAGUCUCCACCAUCACGGGAUAUGCUCACCCGUUGACUCUCACUGCGCUGACCACCCUCGGCGCAAACCAGACCCCCUUAUCUUACGCCUCACCCCCCACCGCCAUCACGGUCCCGACCCGGCCGGCCGGCGCCGAAGCAGCCGUCGCUACCGGCGUCCAGGCCGAGGCCUCUUCCUCAUCUCCCGAGCCCACUUCCGGCUCCUCCGCGACCGCGGUCUGCACCUCGAUCGCGGGCGUGUACCCCACGGCGACGGUGCCCAACUUCUGCAACCCGUCGGCGCUGGCGAACGCGGCGAGCUUUGCGCCGGCGCGCACGGACGUGCCCACGGCCACCGUCACCGUGGGCGCCGUGUCCAACAAGCUGGACUGCUGCGUGCAGUGCGCCGGCAUCUUCAACUGCGUCGCCUGGCGCUUCGUCCCCGUCUACACGCAGACGCCCAACGCGCACCUGCCCGGCGGCUUCGAUCCCUGGGGCCGCGGCGACUGCGAGGCCGUCUAUCAUACCGGCGACCCGGCCAACGAGACCGAGACCGGCGUCGUCGAGGCCGCUGGGGACGAGGAGACGGCGAAUUUGUGCCCGAAUGGUAAGGUUGGCGAGAUGCUGGCCGGUGCCGGGGGAAAUACGACGACGGCGAAUGGGACGAGUGCUGGAAGCUGGAUGAAUCUGUAUUAUAACGGCUGGAACGAAGGCCCCUGUGCUGAGCCCGUCGCCCCGUUCGAAAGUGGUAGUGAUUCGGGACGCGGUGAUGCGGAUGAUUUGUGUACGUGAAAAGUCUGCUAUUUGGGGACUACCUCGUAUAUGAUGCGACGAUUACCUUGUAGCAUCUAGAGUCAGGUUUAUAGUUAGAUAAACAGCAUUGAUUUUCCAAUUUAUCCUAUCCUGUGUGACGCAUUGUUUGGAUGGAUGAUUUCGCAUUCUGUUAUGAUAAGAAGAUUGAGAUUCUUUCGUCCUAUCCAUUUACGUCUAGUCUCUUCCCAUGCGCAUUCGAUAUAGGUAGUUGUGAGGUC